AUGACUAGCCGGAGAAUGUCUUUAGAAUUACCUUCAUCCAUAGAAGGCUCAGUCGCACUCACUUCCUCAUGGAUUAUCUUCGACACUCACGACAUCUACAACCCCCCCUCCCCACCUCAAUAUCUAGGUACCUCCCUGAUAUUAAGCUGUCAGCCAAGUGACGACCACAAAUUAGCUGCUGACAGGGCAGACUUCUGCCCCGGGGCAGAUUAG